AUGGCGGUGAGUGACACGUUUGAGGUUCCCAGCGGCUACGAUGACCUCAUCCAUGUAUAUGGCGACAACUACUGUAAUCUGUACGACGCCCUAGACACAGCCUCCAGCAAGCGAAAGCGGAAGUUUUUGCUUGAGAUAUUUCUAUCACGAGUUGAUCCGGAGAUCAAGCAGAGCAUCAGUCCCACCGCUACGGCUUUGAUGCGUAUCAAUAAUCAGCAUAUCCUGCGUCUCUAUGACGUUUAUACGGAAAUCCCCAACAAGAUAUUUGUGACACACGAAUACGCUCGAAACGGCCGGCUAAUCGACUACUUGGAUCAUUGUUACGAUAUGCACAAGCAUCCUGAGGAGGACACCGUCUGGAAGGUCGCUGCUGUGGUGGCCAACGCCCUUACGUCAUCAAAUCUCAAGAAGAAGAAUGAUACAAGCGAAUUUAUUCAUGGGCAUCUGUGUCCAGCGGCUUUAUUUAUUACACACGAGGGCCAGGUGAAACUGGGUCACCUGGAGUACUUUAGACUCAUUGGAAAAGCAUCCUGCACGUUACCUAUAGAGAAUACUUCCCUUUACGCUGCACCAGAGACAGUUCUCCGCAAAGAAUUUACCUCAAAAAGCGACGCGUGGAGCCUUGGCUGUAUUCUCUAUGAGCUCUGCUGUCUUGAUCCAGCAAUCAACCUAUCUGUAGAUGACGAUGCAGCCAAAUAUUUUGCCACAGAUCCCAAGGUAACGCUAGACACAUCGCGGUAUUCAGAUGAGCUUGUGACAGUUAUUCGCAAGCUGCUUGUUGUUUGUCCAGAAAAACGUAUAAGUAUUUCAGAGCUUGUCCUUCACCCACGGAUAUCAGCUGCCUUUAAAUGCCUGCAGGAUAACAACUUCGUUGUUUUGCCUGGAUAUAAGUACGUACCGCGAAGUACGCCUACGAAACUAAGUGCAACCAAUUCUCCCAUAGCAGGGGUUCCCACAAAAGUUUCCAUCUCCCCCAAAACGGCGCAGAAGCCACAGACUACUGUAGUUCCUACGACAAGCGCUGCCUUCCCCGUCGUUGGAAAUUUAUCUACUCCAACGAUACCUGGGCCCGUCAAACCUGCUCCGGCUGCUGCCAAAGUGACACCGUCAGUUAUUCCACCGCCCCCACCUGCUGUGUUUCUCCCACAUGCAUCUACCGCACCUCCUGCUCCGGCCUCAAUUUCGGCUCCUACUUCCGCCCAAGUGCCAUCUAUACCAUCUGUCCCGUCUGUCCCCCAAACAAAAUCAAGCUAUUUGGCCAGUUCUUCAUCUACUUUUAAGACCACAACUAAUCCCCAGGUUGAGUCCCCUCCGGCAGUCCCUGCACCGGUGCCGGCCCCGGCUCCGCCGGUUCAGUCGACCCAGCCCAAACUUCCUCGAGAGCCAACAUACACCAAUCUCAUGCAGUGCGUAAUUAACAACAACAUGACAGAGGCAGCUAAGUACUUAGAUCAACGUGGCCAGACGACCGAAGAAGGAAUAACGGCUCUUAUGUUGGCUGCGGAACGAGGAUUGACUGAUUUCAUGAAGAUAUUGAGUAGCGAGAUUCGGCAACGAGCGAUUCCUAAGCAGGGUUGGGACAUUAAGGAUAGGUGGUACGCUGGCGCUUCUGCACUGCACUUUGCCGCACAUGGAAAUCAGAAGGCGGUGAUAGGAAUGCUAAUUGACGUAGAAGCAGAUAUGUGCACAGAUCACGGGUAUAACGCAUUAAUGGUGGCCGCUAUGGCCAACAGCCUCGAUUGCGUUCCACUCCUCGUAGAAAAACUCUCCGGGAAGACCAUCAGUUUCGGUAGAGAAAAAGGGAAAACAGCGCUUAUGAUAGCAGCAGAGAGUGGUCAUGCCCAGGUCUGUCAACUCCUUCUCAAAUUGGAGGGGUCCAUGGCCUUGGACUACGAUAAUAAAACGGCCCUCAUGUACGCAGCAGAGAACGGUCAUGUGGCAGCAGUGAAGAUCCUCAAGCGCAGAGAGGUCCGUCUUACUCUCAAUGACAAUGGAAUCCUUCCAGGGGGAAGCGCGAUGAUGCUUGCUGUGCUAACACGAAACGACGAUGUUGUCUCCAUACUGGUUGAGAAUGAAGGAGGAAUAUUCACGAGUUCUGCGUUACCAGAGCUUAGUCCAUACUUUGAGAAGGAUAUUCAGUGUCUUGUUAGACCGUUUACCGGAAAGAGCAGUUCAACAGAGGUUUCUGUCUUCAGCGACAAGGAGGCAUAUCGGUAUAAGUUGCUUAAGAACAUCUACACUAUCCGGGCGGUAUCUGCUAUGAUGCUUGCAGCACAAUUAAACCUCCGAGAUCUAGUCAUUAAGCUGCACCGUCGGGAAGCUGGUCUGAGGCGGCCUGUGGAUAAGUUAACCGCCUAUGAUAUCAUUUCGAAAGUGUACAUUAAUCAAAGUGUGUAUGAAUUAAUCGAUCCAAGGGUCUUUAAUGCAGCGCGCCCAGACCUCACAGUGAAGGACUACCAUCCUACUAUGCAAUUCCUUAAGUUGGAGCUCAGUGUUACGCGAGAUGAGUCUCUUAACACGGAACUUAUUUUAGCAGCAGAAGCAAAUGACAUCGAGGCCAUGAAGGCCAACCUGGUCCAGGCAGGGCUUCAGAACAACCGCGGUAAAACAGCCUUAAUGGCAGCAGCAGAAAAGGGACACCUUUCCUGCGCCUCGCUGGUCAUCAACAAAGAGGCAAAGAUGCAGAACUCCUCUGGCUGGACAGCACUCAUGAUAGCAAGUAUGUUUGGUAAGGUGGAGGUAGCCAAGCAUCUUGUCAGCCUCGAGAUAGGCAUGGUCACGGUUGAUGGCUGGACAGCGCUAAUGGGUGCCGCUUACUCCAACAGCCCUGAGCUUGUCCAGCUUCUUCUCAAAGAGGAGGCUGGCAAGGCCACCAAUGCCAUGUAUUAUGAUGGAGCAGGAUGGACUGCUCUUCUUCUGGCUGCGAAGAGAAACAAUCUUGAGUGCGUCAAGUUUCUGAUUCAGCACGAGAUGACCAUGCGGCUGCCACCGAGUGACGGUCACCCGAAAGGUCGUACGGUUCUGGACGUAUCUGGAGCCAAGAUUAAGGAUUGGGUUAUAGCCUAUGUCCGUGAGCACGUAUCCAAGAGGUAA